AUGCCUAACACGGUCUAUAUCGAACUCGGCGAUCAGGCCAUGACGAACCGCCUGUUUACGUAUCCGAACGAGGGUCACACUGGCCAGUCUUUGCAGGAAACCAUCGAACAUUAUUUCAAUGACAGCAUCCGCCGCGAAGGGCUGACCGAGUUUCGCAUAGCGGCGAACGUUACGGCCGACCGUUGCACUGUGGAAAUCUCGCUAGAUGAUCAAGACAUUGCGAAUAGGAUCGCUAGCCGUUACCAAGAGUUCUUCGACAACGGCAAGACGGGACUGCAGGCUGCUGAUGCCUUUCGGACGAGCGGGAAGUGGGACGAGAAAUGGAUGUUUCUCCUGCCACUGGGCGUGCCUUUAGCCUUUGCGAAGGCUAUUGAGAUUAUGGAUUUCCCGCCGCUUACACUCUUAAGGAAACAGGACUACCUGAAUUCGAAAACUACAAGUCGCUGGUGGGAGCUUCUGAUGCUGAACGGCGUCCGGUAUGACGAGAGAGCACGCUACAGUUGCAUACUAGAUAUAGUCCCGGUUGCCGCGCCAGCCAGCGAUGGUGAGAAAUUAAGGCUAUCGGGGAUCUACGAUGGGCCUUUCGAUUCCUAUGCAAUGCCGCUACUCGAACUGCUGGUACCCACCCAGACUGCACAAUACCGGCCGCUUAUUGCGCUCGGCUUGCCGAUCCGCAUCUGGAUCAAGCGGCUUUGGAAUCUGAGCUUGAAGGUGAUGGACACUGGGACAAUCAAUUUGGAGAGCGGCGCAACAUGCAAGGUCAUAGCAACGAAUCAUCCCAGUUUUUUCUACUACGCGGUACAUUCGAAUACAGGACCGGAUGCGACGAAAAAGAACCUUGCCACAGGUCUGUUGGUGAUGAAACAGGACAUCAUAGGGGCGGCCUGGCACGCGGAAAUGGGGAGGAAUCCCAGCGAAGAUCCUACAGUGGUGCUCGAGAUGUGUGUCCACAAAUGGGAGGACAGAGAUGAAGAACUUCUCGAACUGGUGAAAACGCAGGCUAGACUUCCUCCAAGUAUCUUGGCUUCCAGUGAAGUGUCACUUGGCGCUGUUAAGCCCUUGGUACCCAGUGCUUCGGAGCUCGAAGAUCUCGAACGCCAGUUCUAUUACGCCAGCGAUGUGCAGCAUCUGAAAAAGCAGGCCGACACCAAUACUCUGGAUGCCAAUGACGUUUCACUCUCUAAAAUUGAGCCUUUUGUGCCCAGUAACCAAGAACUCGAGGAGCUUGAACGUCAGUUCUAUGCGAGUAACUCAGGGCGUCCGGCAGAAGAUAUUGACUGA